AUGUUGGAUAAACAAGCAAUACAAAAGGCAGUAAAAUUGUGCGACUCGUGCCAAUUAAACAAAGAAAGUACAAAAGCAAAAUCUUGGUGUACUAUUUGCAAGGAAGCAUUCUGUGAACAGUGCGAAAAAUGUCACAAAAACGUUAAGAUAUCAGCAAGACAUAAACUUCUAAACCUUCAAAAAAUGCAGUCAGGUAUAACACCUUUCAAAGUAUGUGAGGUACAAAGCUGUGAAGAUCAUCCAGGAAAGAUCAUAGAAUUUUAUUGUUUGGAUCAUUCUCAACCUUGUUGUACGUCGUGCGCUACACUUUCACACCUUAAAUGUGAAAAUGUUACUUUAAUACAAGAAGCCGCUUACGGUAUCAAACAGUCAAAAGCGGCUAAUGACUUAUCUGAGAAACUGACAGAACACUCUGACCAGCUUAAUGAAAUUAUUGAAAAUCGGAACACAAAUUUAUCCGAUGUAGAGAAUUCAAUAGAAGAGAUUGAGACAAGCGUCUCUAAUAUGAAAACAGAAAUUUUAAAGCAUAUUGACAAAAUGGAAGAAACCAUGAAAGUAGAGUUGACCUCAACCAAGAAGCAAGUUGGUAACAAAUUAAAAGACGAAAUAGACGUUUGUUUAUCGUACAAAAGUGCCGUUAAAAAUUGGAAAGACAUGUUCGAUAGUGUUCUUAACCACGGAUCCGAGCAGCAAUGUAUGAUGGAAAUUAACAAAAUCGAACCGAAAAUAUCUGAUCUAGAACGAGAAAUGACAGAUUUAAAGAAAAAUAGGAAAACAAUAUCGGUUGUUUUCAGUCCUUCAUCUCCUAUUGCUGAUUUGAAGAAUACAAAUACUUUUGGAUGUAUUAAAGUUGACGAAUCACCUGAUAGCAAGUUGACCGGUAUGCUUGGGAUAUCCAACAUAGACUUCCGAACCGGAAAUAUCAAAAUUCUGCAAGUAAUCGACGUAUGCAAAGGUAGCGGUACUUUUAGUGGUAUUUUCAUACAGAACUAUUUACUAUUUACAAUUCGUCAACAGAACAAAGUAGUAAAUACAAAUUCGAUGGAAAAAGCUUACUAUCACAAUCGUUGCUUCCAAGUGCACCUCAGGAUAUUGCCACGAUAGUACAAUACAAAGUUGCCGUUUCAUCUACCAGGAAGGCAGUAUAU